CUUCAACCUUCAAAGCACCUUGCCCCAAAAAAAUCCAUGGCUGCCAAGGUCACCUCAUCCUCAUGCUUUGCUUUCCUAAAGGAAGCGCUGAUCCUGCCCACGCUAAACCCCAAGCUCUUCGCGCCGGUGCUCCUCCUCUUUGCCGUCACCGCCUUCCUUGACUCCUUGGACGAUGUCGUGUUCGUCCAGCCUCUCGUCGACGACAUGGGCAGCCGUCUCAUCGCGGUCAACAGCACCGACCCCUUGGGCGCCGAGUACACCAAGCUCACGGAGGAGACAGAGCCAGGCGGUAGCGGUACAAAGCUCCUCCUCAUCACCAUCGCCCAGCUGGUCGUCGGUGGUCUGGCGCUCGGCCUCGUCAAGCAGAUCCUCACCCUCUUCGCAGCCUCCACAACCUACUCCGGCGACCGCUACUCGCUAGCAGAGCUCCUGCGUGAGCUGGUCAAGGGGAGGAUCAGCGUGAAGGGCCCUUCCGUCACCAUCGCCGUCGUCGACGCGCUUGACUUCGCAUCGGCGGUCCUGGCCGCGCUGAUUCCCACUCCCGCCCUGAUGGGCGGGCUCUCGGGGGUGCUCUCCGUCCAGGGUCUCGUCUCCCACCUCGCGAACCACGUCUCCCUCUGCUUCACCGUCGUCGCGCUGGUGGGCGUCACCGCGUCGGCGGUCGACAGGAGGUGCAGCGGCGUGCGCGCGCUCCGGCAGGCGUGGCGGCUCGUGACGCGGGUGAGGAGGAAGGAGGGACUCGUGCUGGUGCUCAUGGCAUACCUCGGGCCUACCGCCGUGGCUCCGCUGCACGGGUUCGCUCUUGGGUAUGCCAAGAGGAGCACGGCGGCGUGCUUGUGCUUGCUGGCGGUGUAUGGCCUUCUGUCUGGCGCGCAGGAGCACUUCUCCUUGGCGGCGGCCACGGUGUACUACUACCAAGCCAUGGAGAGCAAGGAGGUGAUCGAUGCCUUGUGCUUACUAGUAAGCGUGCAUGUGUAACACACGUAUAAUCAUAGCUAAGAAUUUCCUCCUUCGUCACAAUUAGGAGACAACUAUUUAAAUAAAAUAAGAAAUCUCGUAAUCAUAUGUAUAUGUCACAUAUCAACAGCAAUCAAUUGGUUGAACUUCUCCAUAGAGAAGAUAGAGGCAUAGGCUAUUUAGUCUAGUAUAUAGUAA